AUGUCGAACUUUGCACCAAUAAUAGAAAUAAAUCCAUUUGAUCUUGAGAAUCUUAUUGAAUUUAUUUCUAAACAUGAGAAAAUUCUCAAAGAAUUUGGUGGAAUUAAAAUUCAGUUAAAUUUUGAAUGUCAAUUAGCGUUAAAGAAAUAUUACACGCCACCUAUAUGCUCAACUACACAAAUAAUAACAAAAAUUAGUGGAAACAAAGUUCUUGAUCAUAUCGUAUCAUGUUUAACAAGAUCAAGUGGACCAGGUGGAAUCUAUCCUUUAUCCAAUAAUGAACAAGAAUUAUUUUCACUCGUAUAUCAUCAUCAAGGUGGACCUCGCCACUGGCUGAUUAUUCCCGCAUAUCAACGAGAAUAUCUUCGAAAAAUUGUAAAUGAAGAAAAUUCUUUAAUUUGUCUUGAACAUGGACAAUUAUUAAUUGAUCCAUUAUUUCUUGACAAACAUCAUAUUAAAUACCAUAAAUUAAUCCAACGUCCAAAUGAAUUUAUUAUUUUAUCAGCUGGAAUUUUAUCUCAAAGUUUUACAGAAGAUUCGAGUUGGAGCGAAUCAAUUCCAUUUGCUUUACCAAGUUGGAUUCAACAAGGUUAUGCAUUUCCCUCACGUUCACAUUCUCAAUGUAAUCUUCAUCUUUUUGCAUCUUCAAUUCCAAUACAUCUCAAUUUACUUGAAAAUGAAUUUAUACUACAAUAUCUCGAUACAUCGACUAAUCAACAAAAUUUGCCCAUUGAUCAAAAUAUAAAUCUUCCAUUAAUCAAUCAAAACUUUAUGGAAGACGUUGAUACAACUGUAAUCAAACAUGAGCCAUUAUCUUCAUUAUUAAUUGUCCCACCUAUGUAUAGUUCCUUUUUAAUCCAAGAUGAAGAAGAUAAUUCUCAAGAAGAAAUAGGAAGUGACAGAAACAACACAACUAACGAAGCAUCGUUCUUAACAACAUCGAACGAAUCAAAUUUGGACAAACAUUUCUCUGAACUUUCACCAACAUAUCGAAACCAAUCUUCUCAAAUUGCUACAUUAAUGGAAACCACGGAAAUGUCUGGUGAUAUUGAGACAAGUAGUGAACAGCGUUCUUCAUUUGAAAAUCUCAUGGAUACAACAGAUUCAACUUCAUUGACGACUUGGUCAACACCUACAAAACAAGAAGACUUAAUUGAUCGUGUCGGCGAAUAUCAAGGGAACAUAUUAAAAUCUUCAUCAUCGAUUUCAACAAACACAAUAACAUCAAAUAUUUUCGUAAAGAACAAUAUAAAGAAAAGAAAAAUAAAUCCAAUCGAAAAGCGUGAGAAAAUUCUUAUUGUAACGGGAUUACGUGAAGAUAUAAAUAAAACUGAUCUGUAUGAUCAUUUUCUUAGAUCAACUAAAGUGACAAUAAAACAAUGUCAAACAUCAUCGCUCAAAUAUGCUUUUGUUGAACAUAAAACAAGAGAACAAGCAAAAUCAAAUUUUUUAAGACCUAUUAAUUAUAUUCGUCUUGGUUCAGAAUGUGUCGUAAAAUAUGCAGGUGAUACUUCGUUUCUUUCUGGAGAUGGUCGAUUUUAUAAUAAGCAAACAAUUGUAAUUACGAAUAUACCAGAAAAUGUUAGUGAAGAUGAUUUACGUCAUUUAUUUCCUAACUCUCGUGUAUCAAAUUAUGGUCCAGCGAAAAUUGUUCGUCGUAAAUCUAUCUCCAUCGAAAGUUCCGGCAAAAUCAAGACUUUAUGGGGGUAA